AUGUCGAAGGAGACAUUAUGUAAAAAUUACUUCGAAAAUUAUAGAGCAGAACAUUUGCAAGACAAAAUUAUACGCGAGUUUGGUGACGUUCCUACGGUGAGAUCGUCCCCUAUAUGCGCAAGAAAAAAAUUAGUUUAUAAGCAUGACAUCGAUGUUUCUAAGUUAGUGCAUUCAACAGUAAUUAGAGAAAGUGCGAAAGAAAUGAAAUUGCGAGAAGUAGCUUACUCCGUUAGAAACUCUGUAAAAGCAAUAAACAUAAGAAAACUUCCUGAAAAGUUGCACGUUUCUAAUAUCACUGAUGGGGAGUGCGAUAUUCCUGUUGAUCUUUUUAAUCUCAUUUUCAAUUUGAUUCACGGCCCUGACUUGCGUAGGCAACAAUCUGAUGAUGAUCUCUUUCGAAUAAAUUCAAUUUGCAGUGACAUCAUUUAUGCUAUAACAAAGGGAAGAAUAAAACCUUCGAAACACCUAAGUCUUGGAUUAGCGAUAAAAUCGACUAGUAGCAGAAAAGUAUUGACCAUUAUAAAUAAGUACGGGCAUACUGUGAGUUAUUCUAUGGCUGAAGAGCUUGAGACUGAGCUCGCUUUUACGGCCCAAGAAGAAAAUUAA